AUGGGGCAAGGAAAAAGAAGAAUUCGAGUAUUCAGACGACAAGUGGGAUGGCAGAAAUCUAUAAACAAAGCAGUCAAGGCUUUUAAAAAAUGUGCCAAACUUUUUUGCAGGAGGCAAAAGGAGGAGCUCGAAAAGGAUCCAUCCAAAGGAGAGUUGCCUCCUACAAUCUUGAAUAUCAUUCGUGACUGGGCAAGAAAACAGUCUAGCAAGAUGUGUGUAUGCAUGCAAAGUCAAGAGAGAGAAACGGAGAGUUUUGAAGAAGAUCAAACGAUAAGAAAAUACACAUCUACAAUCCAGUUGACACCACAGGCACCAGAUGUCACGAUAAGCCGUUCCGUAUGCAGCCAGCCUGUUGGACUAGUCCAAGAUGCAUGUUGUUCAGGACAUUGCAUUAGAAACAAUAAAAAGGAGAAAGCAACAUCUCUGUGGUAUCAGCUAUCACCGUCGUUUUCAGACGAGGAUCUUAGUCGAGAACCAACUCCUCCACAUCCGUUUGAAAAAAUAUUGAGGGAACGAAAUAGUCUCGAUUACAUGGAAAGAAUGGACAUAGAAUAUGCUAAAAUCAGGUCAUUGGAUUCAGAUGGAAGUCAGUCGCCCGACUACAUGCUGGCUCUAUUACCUCCUUCCGAAGCCAAGCAAAGACCAAGUUUCUUUUCAGAUUGGAAUAGGCCGAAUCCAUUUUUCCGCCUGCCGGGAAACACACCACCUCCUUUUCCAUCGGACUGGAAUUUUAACAAAGAAUCAGAGGAUUGUGCCAAAUCAAAACAAAUCACACCUACCGCUUCUCCUGAGUCGGAAUAUGAAGUGGCCAACGAUGUUACAGAUGGAAUACCUGAGGUCAAAACUGCUGAUAUUGAAAAAGAGAAAACAACAGACAUUCAGAUUGCAAUGGCAGUAGCUGAAAGAGUGAACUGGAUGCUUGAACAGGUUGAAAAUAACGUUGAAGAAAAUCCAUCCAACGAUUCAAUAUUAAAGAUCAUCGUGAAACUCAAUGAGACCGAUGUUUUUCGACAUCAAGAGGAAGCUGCAGUUUUCAGUUUGAAAGUCAACGAGGAAUGCGAUGAUCGAGAGACUGACGAAACAUGUGAACAAUGGGUUGAUGAAAUUCUAUUUGGCGAAUUGGAAGUCGUUGGUAGAGAGUUUAAGGACGAGAAAAAUAAAUCAAAAACAAAGUCAUCUUCAAAGGAAGAUCCUGAAGACGUCGAUAAAUUUAUACAGGAUUUUCUUUCCGAACCAACACUGGUAUAA